AUGCUAAAAACAAAUUACACUGAGGUGCAUGAAUUUGUGUUUCUGGGCCUUUCAACCUCUAGAAAAAUACAGGAUUUCUUCCUUGCCUUCUCUAUGGUUUUGUAUAUAGCCAUUGUGCUGGGAAACACUGUUGUUGUGCUUACUCUGGCCUUUGACCCACAUUUACAUUCUCCAAUGUACUUUCUUUUAGGAAAUCUCGCAUUUAUUGAUUUAUGUCUUUCCACCUUAACUGUACCCAAAAUGAUUUCUGACCUGUACUCUGGGCACAAUACCAUCUCAUUCCGGGGCUGUGUCAUCCAGAUAUUUGUCCUUCAUGUCCUGGGGGCAUCUGAGAUGGUGUUGCUGGUGGCCAUGGCCUGGGACAGAUAUGUGGCCAUAUGCAGGCCCCUCCACUACCUGACCAUCAUGAGCCCACGGUUGUGCCUUUUGCUUCUGUUUGGUGCUUGGGUUAUUGGCUUUUUGCAUUCAGUGGCCCAAUUAGCUUUCAUUGUCCAUUUGAGUUUUUGUGGUCCUAAUCAGAUAGAUAGUUUUUAUUGUGAUCUUCCUCAGUUCAUCAAGCUGGCUUGCAUGGAUGCCAGCAAAAUGCAGUUCAUGAUUACUGCCAAUAGUGGGUUUAUUUCCACAGGCACCUUCUUCUUACUGAUUAUCUCCUAUGUUGUUAUCCUGUUGACUGUAAGAAAACAUUCAUCAGGUGAUUUGUCCAAGGCCCUCUCUACACUCUCUGCUCACAUCGCUGUGGUGGUUUUGUUCUUUGGACCAUGCAUCUUUGUGUACAUGUGGCCAUUUCCUACUGUGCCAGUGGAUAAGUUUCUUGCCAUCCUGGACUUCAUGAUUACACCUAUCCUGAACCCUGCCAUUUACACACUGAGGAACAAAGACAUGAAGGUGGCCAUGAAGAGACUGAUCACUAAGCUUCUUGAUCUGAGUAAAAUGUCCUAA